AUGGAGACAGAUGACGAUACCCCACAUAAUUCAACCACAGAUUUUGGUCCAGUGCGGAUCCUGGCGCAGACAUUCACUCACCUUGUCCCUGGCAAAGGUUACUUUCCUCGAAGUUACUUCAUUCUAAACAAACUGUGCCAGAAGCACUGGAACUGUGACCUGGAUCCAAGACGACAUAGAUGGCACUCGUAUGGUGCUGAUUUUGCUUUUGACAACCGUCGAUGCUACUUUCUCAUCGAUUACGGCGAAGCUUCCGGCGACAAAGACAUACCUAUUUUGUCAUACGAGUGGACGGGGCAGACUCUCGAAAGCAAGCCCGAGAUAGCGCAAGCCUCCAAGGUACGGCGCAUACUCUGCAAGUAUUACCCGUUUUCAGGCCCACCACCCGAAAGCCAGGGGGAAUGGACCUUCCGUGAAUCUGUCAGAUCAUCCCUUCACCAGGAGAUGGGUCUUACGAAAAAGGAGCUCAAAUAUCUCCGGGAGCGCCCUGAAGACGCAAAGUGGCUUCAGGACAAUUUGGAGCCGAGAUUUUGGUCUGAAAUCGAGAGACUGACUCAGGAUAUGGAUGAAAGAGAAAGACUAGUCGCUGCUGGGAUCUUGAAACCAUCGCCGGGACCUAUGUCGCAGGACUUGGAUGAUGAUCCAGCCGAAGGGGUACCAAUUCCGCCGAGUGAAGCUAAGAAGUAUCGAAAACUAGCAAAAGAGCUAGGGAGACCAGUUGAAGAGUUAAAUGUUCCUUGGAAGGAGUGGAAGAAAUUCUAUGAGUAUAACGCCCAGGCAGCGGAAGAAGAUCGGGAAUAUAUGACGUGGGAGGAGUGGGAAAGGAAUAUCCCGACGGAAAAAUUGAUCUUCGUCGGCAGCGAUUAA